AUGCCAUCGCCUGCUGAGACAGCUUCGAACUGGGACUUCACUCCGGUGUUGAAUCUGCUACGUUCGCCUGUGUACAACGGGCGUGAGCAAGCCCAUGUGGCUGGCCACACCAAUUUGUCUGCUACCUUCGAGAAAGACGACACCAAGAAAACUGCCAACGAUUCGAGCGGUAGUUAUCCGAGGCUAGGUGAUUUUGGCCCUCUCUGGGAUCUCCUUGGCCACGGUAGUUCACCAGGCGUGAAGACAGAACAGUCUCAGCCUACUUGUGCUGAACAGCCUCAGAAAUGCAAGCCGAUUCAGAUCCUCAAGAGACCUAUAGCCACAGUAAAAUUUGCCGAACAUACUAUCGAACAGACAUCUCGGGCUGCCCCUAGACCGAUCCUUAGUUCAAAUGCCUCUGAAGCUCAACUCCCCAAAAAGAAAGCUGUAGCAGAAAACAGCACAGCUUGUCAGAACCCUCAAUCGAAAGUUUCUGAUGUCAGCUCGUCGGAGAGUAGUGCGGAGGCAGAGUCCGACGGCAACUUCAGUGUCUUUGACCCACCCUUGUUGAAAAAACGGGGUGCCGUGUCCUUCAUUCCCUCUCAAGUCUGCACACCGGCGUCCAAUGCUGAGCCAUGCGAGACUCCGCCAUCCUCUUUUGACGAGUUGGAAGGGUCCCUGACAGCUGAAACUCUCAAGAGCUUGCCUGGUCCUAUUCGCGUGCGGCCCAUUGCGUAUAAAUCGGCAGCAGACCGAAGAGUUGGUCUUCUUACCAAACUCCUGAAGAGAUUUCCCGAGUACGCGGAAGCCGUGGCUCAAGUUGGCCGGUCUCCGAGCACUAAACCGAACGAUCAGGCUUCUCGUCCCAUCCAUGUCUUUGUCGAUAUGUCCAACAUUAUGGUUGGCUUUCAUGACUCUGCGAAGCUAGCUCGCAAUAUACCUGUGAAGACUCGCAUUCGGCGUCUACCCCUUUCGUUUCAGAACUUCUCUUUGAUUCUCGAACGUGGUCGCCCCGCUGCCAAGAGAGUCUUGGUUGGCUCUGAUCGAUUUGCAGCCAUUGACGAAAGUCAAAAGCUGGGCUACGAGGCCAAUAUAUUGGAUCGGGUUCACAAGGUAAAACAUGUGACUCGUCGUCAGUUGAAGUAUCGGAAGAAUCCCCGAGUCAGCGCUCAGGAAGGAGGCAGCGGUUCUGAAACGAACGAUGCGCCGGAGGAGCGAUGGGUUGAACAGGGAGUGGACGAAAUUCUGCACCUGAAGAUCCUAGAGAGUCUGGUGGAUACCGAUGAACCGGCGACUAUUGUUCUAGCCACAGGAGACGCAGCGGAAGCUGAGUUUUCAGGAGGCUUCAUGAAGAUGGUGGAGCGAGCACUGCAGCGAGGAUGGAACGUCGAGCUUGUGAGUUUCUCGCAAGUGACGAGCUUCGCCUAUCGUCGGAAGGAAUUUCGCGCGAAAUGGGGGAGGCAAUUUAGAUUCAUCGCAUUGGAUGAGUUCAGUGAGGAGCUGUUAGACAUGUGA